UCACGGUCUAACGUGCCCCCUAUUUUCCGUCCAACUUAGUAGGAAAAGAGCUUGACGCGCAGGGCAGAAGUGAAAAAUGGCAGAGAAAUAGAUGAAGGUUCAGCCGCCUCCCUUUUCACUUCGUUUCUUCAGCUCUAGUCUUCAGUUACUCAUUACAAGUUUCAGAUUAUGUUGCGAGCAAAGCAGAUUGGCAGUCUUUCAAACAGUGCCAGAUCAUUUUUUCUUAGUGGAUCACGAUGUAAUGCAGACGGGGCUUCGUGCACAUGCCCUGAAGAUGAAACUUGUGUUUCCCAGAGACAAAAUGCUAGGAAUGAAACCCUGCCCUCACAAAAGCCAUCUACCUUGGUAGCCAAUAGUUCACCUAGAGUAGGACCUUUAAUUGCCGAAGAAGCAGCAAAAGUAAUUGUAUCUCACAAAACUGACAAUGUUGAUCUCUCAGUUUCUAUUCGACAAGUUACGAACACUGGCCCCAAUCACCAGAGGGGAGCAGAAUGUGUAAGAUACUCCAGUGGCCUUAACACUGUUCUGGAUGGUGAGUGCUCUUCACCAAGGAUAGCAGAUCAGGUUGUUAAGGCAGGUAUUAUGGCUGUAAACUUAUUCUCUGACUUCGUGAAUUUUAAAAUCCCCUUAUCUGACUAUGGUGGAACAUUUAGCUCAUCCAAGAAUUGUAUGGUUGAUCCUGCCCGGUCCAUUACUUCUGUCAAACCUUCAAAAAUCAAGCAUCUGAGAAGAGAGAAUAUUUCUAGAGUUCAUUCCAGACCAUCUGUUGAAACCCACGUAGAUUCUAAGCCCCAAAGUAGUAGUAACCAUGGUUCAAAUUGCAAGCCCGCGCAAUCCAGUUAUGUCAAAGGCUCAAGGCAAGAAGUUUCCAAGGCCAGAACACAAAAGUCGGUGGUAUUUCAAGAUAUCUCCUCAGACAAGUGUGAUAAAAGGAAUUUACCACAGAGAACAAGGGUUCAUUCAAACAGUUUUACUUCACAUUUUCAUUCCAUUGCACAGACCACAGGGUCAGACCUCACAAGUUCUUCUAAGAAUUUGAAAAAGUUUCCAGAUAAUUUAAAAAGCCCCACAGGAAUGGCACCAAUCAAUUCAUCGUUUUUGAAUUCGCCUAAUGUUGUGGAAAGUGUUUCUUGCAUAUUGCAACAACUUAAAUGGGGCCCUGCUGCAGAAGAAGCUAUUGGGAAAUUGAACUGUUCGAUAGAUGCAUACCAGGCAAACCAAAUUCUGAAGCGGGUAGAUGACCAUGCUGUUGCUCUUGGGUUCUUUUAUUGGUUAAAGCGUCUAGCUAGGUUUAGACAUGAUGGGCACACUUAUACUACUAUGAUUGGCCUCCUUGGUCGUGCCAAACAGUUUGCUGCUAUAAAUAAAUUGCUUGAUCAGAUGAUCAAGGAUGGGUGCCAGCCCAAUGUUGUAACAUAUAAUCGUAUAAUUCAUAGUUAUGGUCGUGCAAACUAUUUGCAAGAAGCUGUUAAUGUAUUCAAACAAAUGCAGGAAGCAGGAUGUGAGCCUGAUAGAGUCACCUACUGCACACUCAUUGACAUUCAUGCAAAAUCUGGCUUUCUCGAUGUUGCCAUGGGAAUGUAUGAGAAGAUGCAAGAUGCUGGCCUCACUCCUGACACAUUUACUUACAGUGUUAUGAUCAACUGCUUGGGGAAAGCUGGCCAUUUAAAUGCUGCACAUAGGCUAUUCUGCAGGAUGGUUGAUCAAGGCUGUGUUCCAAAUUUGGUAACCUACAAUAUCAUGAUUGCUCUUCAAGCAAAAGCAAGGAAUUACGAGAUUGCAUUGAAGCUGUACCGUGAUAUGCAACAAUCAGGUUUUGAGCCAGAUAAAGUGACUUACUGCAUAGUUAUGGAAGUAUUAGGUCAUUGUGGUUUCCUUGAGGAGGCUGAAGGUAUAUUUAUUGAGAUGCAAAAGAAGAACUGGGUGCCCGAUGAACCUGUUUAUGGUCUAUUAGUGGACUUAUGGGGAAAAUCUGGUAAUGUUCAAAAGGCAUGGGAAUGGUAUCAUGCUAUGCUUAAGGCGGGUUUAAAGCCAAAUGUUCCUACUUGCAAUUCCUUGCUUAGUGCCUUUCUUAGGGUACACCAACUAUCGGAUGCCUAUCAGCUGUUGCAAUCUAUGCUGACUUUUGGUUUAAAACCUUCUCUACAAACUUAUACCUUGCUUCUCAGUUGUUGCACUGAUGCGCAAACGAAUGACAUGGGGUUUUGUUGUGAACUCAUGCAAGUCACCGGUCACCCAGCACACACAUUCCUGGUGUCGUUGCCAUCGGCUGGACCUAAUGGUCAAAAUGUGCGGGAUCACAUGAGCAAAUUUUUGGACCUCAUGCACAGUGAAGACAGAGAGAGCAAGAGGGGGCUCGUGGAUGCAGUUGUAGAUUUUCUUCAUAAAUCAGGACUUAAGGAGGAGGCAGGCUGUGUCUGGGAGGCUGCCAUGCAAAAGAAUGUCUAUCCAGAUGCUGUAAAGGAGAAAAGCUCCUGUUAUUGGCUCAUUAACUUGCACGUCAUGUCUGAUGGCACCGCCGUAACAGCUUUGUCUAGGACUCUUGCUUGGUUUCGCCAGCAACUACUUCUUUCAGGUGUCGGUCCCAGCCGAAUUGAUAUUGUGACUGGAUGGGGUCGGCGAAGUAAGGUCACUGGAUCUUCCCUAGUGAGACAGGCAGUUCAGGACCUGCUGAGCAUUUUUAGCUUCCCUUUCUUCACUGAAAAUGGUAAUUCUGGAUGUUUUGUCGGGUGUGGGGAACCUCUAAGUAGAUGGUUGCACCAAUCUUAUGUGGAGAGGAUGCAUUUGUUGUAGUAGUGCACCUCUUCUUAACUCUAUUCUAAACUCUCUCUUUAUAACCAAAAUUCAAUUUUGUAUGGAUUGUAUUUAGAUUAAUUCUUGGAUCAGGUAUUUGUAGAAAUCUCUCCAUAUUCAAGUUGAAAGCUCAGCAUUUAAUUUUAAAA